GCCCUGGGCGUCCUGAGCUGCCCAGCGAGGCCCGUCUCUUGUCAAGAAUUUUACCAUUAUUAUUUUAAACUCACAAUUUCCCCUGGCCCGCAAAGCGUCCUUUUGCUUGCUGAAAAGGGGAAAUUAGAGAAGGAGGGUAGAAAAGAUCCCGCCUUCAAAGAGAAGAUGGAGGAAGGCGUCCAGAGCUUAGAUUCGGAUAGUGAUGAAACUGUGAUUGAGGGGUCGGUGACAGAGAGCGACUUCGAAGACGACGAGCUGCCCUGGAGAAGGUUAUUCUUUGAUCAAGACACAUCUCUUAGAUCUGAGUUCAGUGUUCAUCCUGGAAUAAGUGGAUUGUUCCAAGGCAUUCCUUCUCCUGAGAUUCAACUUGGGCACAAACUCAGUGAGGGUCUGCAAGAGCAAAUGAAUGAAAAUAAGAUGAUGACUGUUCUUAGUGCGGAUGCAGUAUUACAGCAACCUCAAGAUGAAAUAGUACAAAAUCAAGCUGUGUCACAGACUAGAAAAAAUUUUCCAAUGUUCACUGUGUCAUUUCCCCAGCCUGUACUUUCAUUGAAUCAUCAAAACAUUGAAGAGCCUGAAGCUGAAAAUACUGAAGUUCUGUCACACCUAGAAGAGGAACUAAGUGAAAACAGAGAUUCCCCUGAAAUUAGCCUUCUUGCAGGUACUGCUAUUACAGUAUCUGGAAGGCUUGCUGUAAAGGAGAAAUCAUUAACAGAGCAAGAGAAGAUCUUAGCAGUACCACAUGCAUUUUCUGAACCUGGGGAGGAAGUUUCAAUGACUAUGACUUCUAAAGAAACCAAGGAUGAAGAAAGCUCCCUUGAAACUUUUGUGUCUGCCUUAGAAAGAUUGCUAACAUCACCAGACAGCACCCAGGAGGAAAGACUGUUAGAAAUAAUGAAUGAUUUUGAUCCCGGAGAAUUGAUUAACUCCCAAAGUUCUAUAGAAAUACCUUUGAAUGCUUCAUCAGCUUAUAGCAGAGAUUUUCUAGAAAACACAAAGGAUGAUACAUUACCUGCAGAGUUAUUGGCCGCCCUGAACACAUUGUCAGAAACCAAGCUGGGACCCAUCUGUCACAGAACAGAGGAAGGCAGCAAUCUUAGUGAUGAAAAUGGAUGUUUAGAAGUAGAGCCUGUUAUGUCCCAAACUGAUGAAGAUGGUACACAAAUAGCAGAGACUGUCGAAGACCUAAGUUCAUUUGAGUUACCAACUUUGCCUCAUCAAAAUGUCCCCUCUUGUGAGCCACUAAAUAAUAAAGGGAAUUCAAAUUCUAUGGAAAAUGCCUCUGACCAGGAAACUCCACGUAUAUUAAGAAGAUCAUCUAGACUAGAAAAACUGAAAGUAAGCCGAGAUGCAAACAGUACAAAUGACAUAUGUAAGAUUACAGAAGAGAUUUUACCAAAAAUACCUAGCUGUGAGGAUCAAAUAAAUAAUAAAUCUUCAACUAACAAUUUCAGAAUGCAAGAUCCUGUUUUAAUGAUUGAAGGUAAAGGGAAGAGAAUCCAUUCAUCCAGACUCAAGAGUAAACAGAUCAGGAAAAAUAAACGACUUUCAAUAAAAAAUGAAAAAAUGAAGAUGAAUAAACUACGUCUUUCUAACAUAAACCGGAAAAACAUUUUUGGAGAGAACUUAUUGUAUAAGGCUGCUCUGCACAAUGAUGCUGAUCUCAUACAUCUUUGUAUUAAAAAAGGUGCAAAUGUUAAUCAGCCAAGUUAUGCUGGUUGGACAGCACUUCAUGAAGCUAGUUUAAAAGGAUUUUAUCGCACAGCAAGUGAACUAUUAAAAAGUGGAGCAGAUGUAAAUAUCAAAGGAAUGAACCAGAUCACUCCUCUACAUGAUGCUGUGAUAAAUGGACAUUAUAAGGUGGCAGAAUUACUUCUUUUAAAUGGAGCUGAUCCAUUAUUUAGAAGUACCGAAGGAAAGUGUGCUUUAGAAGAAGCCAAAGAUUCUUGUAUGAAGCGUCUCCUUGAAAGACAUGUUCCUAAACAUCAAAGAUGUCUUAUAUCAGCACGAAGGAAUAGCACUGACCCAGCAGAUUUGGAUGAUGUACAACAGCACAAGAAACCAAAAUUAAGUUCUGAAAAUCACAUUGGGUUUGUUUGUAAUGAAAAUUCUGACAAACAGAAACCAGAACAUGUAGAAGUCAAUAAAAGAAGCAAAGAGAAUUUAUUUUUAAGUGAAGAACAUAUAUAUGAACAUUACCAAAAAGAUACCAAACCCACAAAAUUUGGUAAUUCCAGGCGUAAAAAAUCAACUGUUGACCAAAUACACUCUACAGGACUCAGUAAGGUCAGUCUCCAUAAAGACAAAGGAAUCAGCACAAAUGUGUCCAAGGGUAAAGGAAGAAGAAACACAUUACAUAAAAGGACUCAUGUGGAUGAUGGAGACUGCCUUUCAGAACAGACAAUAGCUGUCUCUUCUUCCAGGAGAAUAAACAGAGUGGCUAUUCCUCAGCAGCAUAUUCUCCAAACCCCUAAUGAUCUUCCAGAAGAAUCAUGUGAACCUUCCAGUCCUACUCUGUCAAGCCUGAAAAAUGCAUUAGAUAAUAAUAUCGAGACUUACUCCGUGUCCAAAGAAAUACAUACCCCCAGUCUGGAUUUGUCAAAUAGUCCAGAAAUGCAUUUCUUGGAAUUACAAUCCACUGGCCAACCUGAAACUAUUUCUUUCUCAGGACUUAGAGUAUGUAAAGAAAUAAAGUUACCACUUGUUACUGAAGAUCAGCAGCUUCAUGCUCACCAAGAACAACACUGCAGCCCUUAUAAAUUUCAUGAAUAUAUUAACUCAAAUAAAAAUAAAGAGCGCUUUAAUAAAUGGGAAAAUUCUUUCCUAACCUUUCUAAAGGAAAAUUUUGAUAAUGAUAAUGAUUGCUACACUUCCGAGAAGACUGUAACAUCUGAAAAGGUGAUAUGUUCUAAAGAAUGUAAAAGCCACUGUAAUUGUGAGGAGAACUUAACGAAUAGAAAAGAAAUGGAUUUUCAACAGCUUUUACUAUCUGAAGACCAUUUUUCACAGGAAAAGGCAUUAAACAGUCUAACCACACUUCAACAAGAGGAAGUUAUUCAUUUUUCUGAUUCAGAUAGUAUAGUCAUUUCUGAUAAACAUAUUGCAAACCAUGUACAAUGCAUGUAUGGAGCAUCUUUUGAUCACUCACAUGGCAAUCCUGAGCAAACUUCCAAGGCUUAUACAAGGACACUUUCAAUACAUGAAGUUUCAAAGGUGACUAGUCAUGUGGAGCUAGUAGAAAAGCCUCAGGAUAAUAGCCCCCGAGAACCAACUCCUUUAAUGAAUCAGACGGAAAAACAUAUUGUGGAAAGGGUGUGUAUAGAAAAGAAACAAGACACUAAAGGGAAUGACACUAAAAAAUGCCAAAUUACAAGUUCUUCAAACAAGCCUUUCCCCACAGUUGACCAUUCUCAAGGAGUACAAAUAACUAAAGUUGAAAAAAAGAGGCAAGACCUUACAGAGAGUGAGCCCAUGCAUAAUAUAGAUUUUCAUUCUACUGACAAUAUGAAUAAAGAAAUGAAUAUCAUCUCACAAUCUAUUAAUCAAGUAGAAGAGAAGAAAAAUCCUCACAAAUCAGAUGAAGAAUUAACUAAUGAUAUCAAUGUAGAUGAAAGAGCUAUAAGAAAUUGUGAGGAUGAAAAAGAAAAAAUGAAUACAGAAACUUACAUGUCUCCUAAUAUCCAAGAACAUAAAAAAGGCCAGAAUUUCAGAAACAGACAAAAUUUCUUGAAAGUUACCUACAACCAAGAAAUGAAGACAGCUGGGAUCAAUAAGAGGAAUGUCAGAGGGCAAAGCCGCCUUCAUUUGGCUGCCAGAAGAGGAAAUCUGUCCCUAGUGAAAGUUCUAAUAGAAUCAGGAGCUGAUGUGAAUCUAAAAGAUAAUGCAGGUUGGACACCACUUCAUGAGGCAUCUAAUGAAGGAUUUAAUGAUAUAAUUGUAGAGUUAUUAAAAGCUGGUGCUAAUGUUAAUUGUGAGAAUAUAGAUGGAAUUCUGCCCUUACAUGAUGCUGUUGCAAGCAAUCAUUUAAAGGCAGCUGAAAUACUACUACAACAUGGAGCAAACCCUAAUCAGAAAGAUCAAAAACAGAAGACUGCUUUGGAUGAAGCAGAUAAUGAUAAAAUGAAAGAGUUGCUAAAAUCUCAUGGUGCUAUUGAAGCCAAUAAUAGAGAUGAAAGUAAUGCUACAGUCACUGCAGAAAUUCCUGCUGUUCGGACAAAAAGACACAAACAGUGUUUUUGUGAUGUUGACAAAAAUGUUGAUCCAUCUUCCCUUUCACGCCAAGAAAAAACAAGAGAAAGUCUUCCUGUGCAUGAGACCAUCAGUGCCAUUCUACAAGAUAUAGAAGAAAAACAGGAAAAUUUAUUGGUGUUUGAAAUAAGAAACCCUGAAGAUGCAGAACAAUACAUCGAAAAGAUGUUAGAGAUAAAAGAGAUUAUGGAUAACGUACUUGCCAAACAGAAAGCAGAAAGGGAUGAUCUGGCUAAAAAAUACAGGGUAUCCAUAGAGUCAUUUAAGCAUGGAGCCCUGAGAGAACAGCUGGCCAACUUGGCCACAAGACAGAAGAGCCUUUUAGUUGUGGCAAAGAAACAGAAAAAAAUAAGUCUGAAAAUUCAAAAUUAUAAAAAUGUCACAUCAUUGUCUGAUCCUAGUUUAAGGAAGUUGCCAUCCAGCUCACAUAUCUUCAGUGAAAAGGACAACAAAGAGCUUACCAGUCUGGAAAAUUCAGUGCAGCCUCAUUCAGGUUCACUUUCUCAUAUCAAUAUUGCUUGUAGAAGCAUUCAAGAAACACCAUUGUCUCUGGAAACAUGCCAUGACAGCCAUAAUACUAAUCUUUGUCUAGCUUCAGAGGCAGUAAGAAGGGAAGAAUUUUCUGGAAUUGAGAUGAAUUCUAAACAAAAUGUUAAUGAUUGUACCCUGGAUGGGUUAUUCAAAUCUAGAUACCCAGAUAGCAGUGAUAAUAAAUUGUCAUCCCAACCUGAUGCUUUCAUUGCUCAUACAGAAUAUUCACAAAAAGAUAAUGAUCAUACAGAAACUACAGCCAAAGACUGUGGAUUAUAUAGUCCUUUUGCCAUAACUGGCACAUUAAAUGGUUCCAAACAUACAAGUAUACUUUCCCAAAAGAAUGCCCAUCCAUCAGCUGUUAUUUGGGACCAGGACCUUUCCCAGUAUGAUCCAAAAAGAGGAAACAGAAAAACAGCUUCCCAGCAACCACCUGGGGGGACAUCAGAAUCCUGGGCACAACAAGCCGUUGCUGUCUUGGGCACUGAUACUGUGCAUCAGACAAAACAAUAUCUUGAAAAAACAGCUUCUGCUGUUCCACAUAUAAAUAACAGUCAGGUCUCUUCUUCCUCUGGAUCUGGCCAUCAACAUACUAUUAAAAAGCCUUUAAACUACAGCACAACUCCUAAAAAGAAAUGUAUGCAGAUAAAAGAUUUGAUAUUAUUAGGAAGAAUGAAUCCAGGAAAUAACAUUCUGGAAUUUAAAACACAGGAGACUAUCCACAAAGCAAGUGUUUUAUUAAGUGGUAAAAUUAAGGUAGAAAAUGGUCAGAUUUAUCAAAAUCCAGUCACUUGGCUCAAGGAUCUUCUGGGAGGUGACAGUUACGUGACCUGGAAUUACGCCUGGAGUAAGGUAACAUAUCUUGGGAAGGAGCUUUUAAAGUAUGUUUCUGAGGAAGUACCUCCAGAACCAAAUGUAGUACCUCAACAACAUCAGCCUUGUCUUCCAGGCACUUCCAGAGAGUCAGUACAAAACAUCCCACAUCAUCUACAAAUCAAUGAAAUACUUUUAAUCAACGAUCAAGAAUUUCUCCCAUGCCAUAUAAUGGAUCAGCAUUGGAAAUUCUAUGUGGAAUGUGAGGAACUAACAUUCUAAAGCUUUGUUGUUUUCAACAAUUUUUUAGGUAUUUGUUCAUAUUAUCAACAAACCUUUUUCUUUUAUCUUGUGUGGUAGUCCUACUAGUUGCACUUUACUAGUUGCUACUUAAGAUGUAUAUUUACUGUUAUAAUAAAUCUAUAACUUUUCAUCUGUUAUGGUAAGUUUAAUACUUUUUUGGGCCAUUUUGGCAUUUCUGUAUUGGCUAUCUGGCUUCCCUUUUACUAACAAACUGAAAACUAACCUUCCUAUAGGUACUUCUACCUUUGCAUAAACAACAGAUGGUCUUUAAGGAAAGUGAGAAUGCAUGUAACUGUGAUUCAUAGAUAAUGGCUCCAAAAAGACCCAGGUAAAGUGACUCACUAAAAACAAGAACAUCAAAUUCCAAUAUCUUCCCCAUUUAAUUUGAAUUUAUCUCAAAAUCAAAAUGUAAAAUUGUAAAUGAAGUUUACAUUUCAUAAAAGUGUAGGUCUAAAAUUGUUAACUGUGCUGUCUUAGAACAAAGAAUGAGUCAAAAUUUGGGGGCCAGUUAUCUAUAUAGGAUAUACUUCACCUUUGUCUUUUGCUACAUUGCCAUGAAGGUUAAAAAGAAAAAAAAGAUAUACUCAAGAGCUUUAUCAGUUUUCUCAAAACUCUUAAUCUUUGAUGACCAAAUAAGUCUUUACUUAUCCUUCAUUAUCCCAAGAUCCCAAAUAAACCUUUUGACUUGGUGGCCUUAUCUAUCUCUUCUCUGUCACUAGAUCAAGAAGUCAAAAUUGAAAUAAAAAUUUCUAGAUUUCUUUUGGGGGAUAAGAUAGAGUGUUGUAUAGAAUCUUCAGAAAUACUUUUAGAAUUUAUAAGAAACUCAUUAACGGUUCAUUCCAAGGAAAGAAAUUAUAGGGUUGAUGGGGUUGGGGAUAUAGCUCAGUUAGUAGAGUGCUUGCUUUGCAUGCACAAGGCCCUGGGUUCAAUCCCCAGCACCACCAAAAAAAAAUAAUAAUAAUAAUAAUUUCUUGUAAAAAGAAAUUACAAGGUUGGGGAAUUGAGAAGAAAGGAAUACUUCCUUUUAACUACAUGUACCUUUUGACAGCCUUUGAAAUUGGUACCAUGUAUAUAUUCAUUCUAUUCCGAUAAAAAACUCAAUAUCUGAAAUCAUCUGGAAAGGUUUUUCUGUUAAUAAAAGUACAA